ACCUCGGGCGCUACCAUUGCUUACUGAACAUGAUGCGUGGGACAAAGUAGCACAGAAAGGGCUGAAGCGCCUGUGAGCGGGUGUCACCAUCGAACCGAAGGGAUUCGCGAGGCUGGGUCGUUCCGAAUGGUUACGUCCGCCAGCUCUAGGGACCGUCUCUGAAGAGUCUGCCCUGGAGGAGAACGGAGGCCGGCGGGAGGGCUGGGGGAAGGGAUCAGGGCCUAGAACAACUGCUGACUAAUAGGCGGGCACCGGGGGUGGCGGUGGCGGUGGGGGUGGGGUUGCGCGCCUGCUGGUCGGCCAGGGUCACGCGCCCGGGUGUGCGCGCAGUGGGUCUGGGGCACCUUGGUGUUCGACCCGAGGAUUCCCAGCGGGGGGCCCCCCCGGCCUUCCGGGGUGGUGGUGGGCAUGCUCCGCACAGUGGAAACUGAGGCCCAAGAAAAUUGAGUACUUUUCCCAAAGUCACAAAGCUGAGUUCGACCUAGACCUCGAAGGCUCCCCUCCCCCUCCAUCCCGAAGAGUCUUCCCGUCCUUGACUUCCUAUUCUGUACUCCUGGCUCCCCAGCGAGCAGCACACAGUCCCCGGACCACCCUUGACCAUCCUCAAUCAAACCAUGCAUGCCAGGGAUCCCCCUGGCCUACUCUUCCCAGCGCUGCCUCUUGCCUCCUCUGUCUUAAUGCUGCUGAUGACUAGCCUGUGGCUGUUGGGAGCCGGCCCCAGCCUCACCUUGGCCCCGGAGCUGCUGCUGGACCCCUGGCAGGGUGAGGGCCAGCCUCAUAGACCUUGGAGGAGACUGGAGACUUGUAGGGCCCAACACUAGUUGAUAGAAGCAGCAUAUACUCUGCAGUGGUCAAGCAGGGAUGAGACCCAAUGCCUGGGGGGGUGGUAAUAGGGGAGUCAGCCUUAGAACUGAUCAUAGGGAGUUCAUCCACAGCCAUGAAGGACCUAGCAGAUGGCCCAGUAGAGUGGAGAGGGAACCUGUGGGAAGUUUUGUGGUUUUUUUCCUUUUUUUGGUAGUACUGGGGGUUGAACUCAGGCCCUUCACAAUGAGUUACAUCCCCAGCCUUUGAACAUUUUUAAAAAUUUUGAGACAGGGUCUUGCUAAGUUUCCCGGGCUGGGUUGGAACUUGCAAUCCUGCCUCAGCCUCCCAGAGUGCUGGGAUUACGACUGUGCCACGAGGCAUGGCUAGCACUUCUGACACCCUUCCUUUGACAUAAAAAGUGAAGCUAAAAUAGGCUUUCAGCUAAGUAAGAGGACAGGGAAGGGGUGCUGGGGGUUUGAGGAGUGACCCCAGAUGAACUCCUGUUUCCCAAUAACUGCUCCAAUUUACAUUUUAGGAACUCAAAUGAUGCUCAGAGAGAUCCAGGGAUUUGUUUAAAGUCACAAAGUUGGGGGAGUGAGGGACUCCGGGAGUGAUGCAGGCAGUCUCAUCAGAGCUUGCAUUCUUACCCAGGUGUGAGGGAUUUGGUUAAUAUGAAUGCAGCACACCUUCACUAUCUCUGGGGCAGAGUGAAAGCUUAGCAGUUAGUGAGAAGACUGAGUGAUGGAUCCCAUAAACACAGCAGAGGGGUAACCACAGUGUUUGGAACCCCCUGGUCCCCUCUACCAGUCAUGCACUGGCAGUGGGCACAUUGCCUCCUGGUGGGGGAGGUUUGCUCAGCUGGUGUCCCUGGUGGGUAAUGAUAGCCCUGCUUCCCAACCUGGUACAUGAACCCCUUUUCUCUCCCAGUACACCGGCUGCUGACCCAUGUCUUAGGCCACGUCACCCUGCCAGGCCUGCUCCUGAGCCUGCUGCUGCUGCCCACUCUGGGCUGGUGGCAGGAGCGCCACCUGGGUACCCUGCAAUUCCUUCAUGCCUCCACUCUGCUCUCCCUGGCCACUGGGCUGCUGGCAGUGCUGCUGGCAGGCCUUGGUGUGUCUAGUGAGGGUGGUAGCUCUGGAUACAUGCCAGUCCAUCUGGCCAUGCUGGCAGGGCAGGGUCACUGCCCUCGAUGGUUUUGGGGGGUGCUGCCACCAAGGCUGUUGCCCUGGCUGCUGCUUGCCUUGACUCCAUUGCUCUGUUCUGAGCCACCCUUCCUGCAGCUCCUUUGUGGCCUCCUUGCUGGCCUGGCCUAUACCACUGGGGUCUUCCAGUGGUUGGAGCUCUCAGAGCAGCGACUACUGAUGUUGCAGGAGGGCAUCUUGUGCCGGACCCUGGCCCGGUGGUGGCCACUGAGGCUCCUUCCCACCCCAGGCAGCCUGGCUGAACUGCCUGUCACCCAUCCCUCUGGAGUGAGGUCUGCUGUCCCUGGCCCUCCUUACCUGGCUUUCCCUACCCCCUGGUCCCACAGUGAACGUCCAGCAAGGGUCCCACCAGGCCUGGAGCCUGGGCAGCUGACCUGGGAGGGUUCCUCAGAGAUGGACCUGGAGUGGCCCAGGUCCACCUUUGCUCCAGGGACCUCACUGUGGAUGGCCUUGGACGAGCAGAUGCUGCAGGAGGGGAUUCAGGCCUCACUCUUGGAUGGGCCAGUCCCAGGGCCCCAGGGCCCAUUGUGGCUCCCUAAGUCCUCCGUUUCUUCUCUGCGGCUGCAGCAACUGGAGCGCAUGGGUUUCCCCACAGAGCAAGCUGUGGUGGCACUGGCAGCUACAGGCCAUGUGGAAGGUGCUGUGUCCCUGCUGGUUGGAGGGCAGGUGGACACAAAGGCCUUGGUGACUGAAGGGAAGUGGGUACCUGCCCACCCAAAGGGUCCUGGGGCCCCCUAGCAGAGGGUAAGGGCACAGGCCCUGCCUGAGGGCAGAUAGCCUGAGCCCCUCUUCUACCCAAGGCCAUAGUGGGUACAGGGCAUCUCCCCACCCCACUGGCAUGCUGUCUUGGUACUUGUUUAGAGUAAAAACCAGUUUGUUUUUCAGCCUGGA